GCGUCUUUCCAACGAUAGCGACGACGCAUGCGCGCUGGACAUUUGACCUCAUAAAAUAUGGCCGAAGCUGCUGCAGACGACGCCGGGCCCAUCACAUUCGCUGAUCUUGGCAUUCCACAGGGACCACAGCUCCAGGAGUCUUUACUGGGAAAGGCAAGGUCAAUUAAAGACUUGGAAAGGAAAGAAUAUGUGUAUACAGUGGUUGCUGUGCUGACAUUAGUGGUCACUACAGGAUUUACCAUCUACAAAAUAUCUACUGUUGGUAGAGAUAACCCAGAUUUUACAUUUGCUCUUAUCCUUCUUACAAGUUCAGUCUUUGGCAUUUACUAUGUUGUGCAUGGAGUCCUUCAAGAACGAGCAACAGAAAUUAUCAUCUUCUCUGUUGCUAAUUUUGCGGUGUUGAUGUACCUUAUUGUCAACUAUGCAGCAGGGUCAAAGGAUGACAUUAAGCUGGCACGGCUGAUUAUUGCUGUUGUUUUGUGCCCAUUUCUUAUCUGCGCUGGAGUGUGGAUAGGUGUUUCAUAUCAUCAGUCAGGAAACCUGAUCUUCCGGACUGUUGGGGCCAGCACUGAACUACAGAGAAUAUGUCGGACUGUCUUCUUUUUCUUUGACAUUCUAAAAUUUGACUUGCAACUAGCAAUCAGUAUGGUGCUGCUAAUAGUGGUGCCUGGUAAGCUGAACACAGAAGAAAUUGUUGUUCUGUCUGUGGGCAGUGUGCUUUGUCUUGCUUGGUUUGUUCUUGGUUUUUAUGGCAUGAAAUAUGAGAAUAAAAUAGGUGCCAUCAUGUUUCUUGCUAUGAGCCCUUUGGAAGUUGCCUAUGUCAUUUACAAACUUGUUAAGACCGCAUCAGUUAUGCAACGUUUUGGUGGUCUUGCGGGAAGCACCAUAGUAUGCGGAGUAAUAGCCCUUGUUGUUCGGAUUCUUGUUGUCAUUGCUGCGGUACUGGUGAUUCGCAGCUUCAAUAAAGGGCUGAAGCAAAAAGCUUUUGGAAUUGAAGAGCAUCAGACAGGUAAUAUCAUAAAUGCAGAAGAUCCAGGAUCCUCUGGUGCCCAUUAGGGAAAGGGGUGCUGUUUAUAGAUUUUUGGAAGCCUUCAUCAAAAUUAAGGUCAAUCACUUUCUUUCAGAACCCUAAAGUCGAUGACAGACUUAGAAUUUCUGCUACCUUUUCUGACAUUCAUGUGCUUUGUGAUUUAUUCUUAAGGCUAACAUGACACAUUCUGUUGAGGCAAUAUUGUUAGAAGAAAACUGCCUACUGCUGCUUUUCUGUUGACUUUAAAAGGUACUCAGUGUGUAUGUUUGCAUGUGUGUAUGUGAGUGAGGGAGCAUAUGUGUGCAUGACAAUGACAAUUCUUUAUUAAAGAGAGGUAAAAUAAGCAAAAAAAUGCUUUUUUCAAUUUACCCCUCACCCUUUAUGAGUAAAGAAUAAACUAAGUAAUGAAGUACUAUAAGAAAAAGAACCAGUAAACACAAAGUAAGAUAUCAAAGGAGAGUGGAAGGUGAAUAUGUACAAGAGGGUGGAGGCUUAGUAAAUGAUAAACUGAAGGUGGCUAGUAUAAAAGUUUUCUUGUGUGAGGAUCUAGGAAAUGUUUAAUUCUUGACAGCUGGUAGACUUUUUUGGAGAUACUUUUGCUUCUGGCAGAGAUGUGUUGGGACCACGAUAAGUCAUUGUCGAUGGUAACGCCAAGAGUUUGUGGUACUGUACUUCCAUUAUUGAUUGAUUGAAUACUUAGAAAUGGGGUGGCUUUGUCUUUUCAAACUGUUAGAAGCAUGACUUCAGUUUUCUGGGGGUUGAGUGACAGGUAGUUUGAUUCAGUCAAAGCCCAAAGCUCAUUGGCGCUCAGCCGUAGGAAGGAACCAAGUGGCACAAUUGUGGUGUCGUCUGCAAACAUUUCACAUGAUUGAGAUAUGUGGAGAGGAAGAUUGUUUCUGUAUAUGGAGAAAAGAGGAGAUCCUAUUACUGAGCCUUGAGGAACACCAGAUUUAACUUCAAGAGGAUCAGACGUGGUUGUUUACAGUGACUUUGAGUUUGAUUAUCGAGAAAGGAGGCCUAAAACUGGAUUGGUUUGUGUGGAGAAGUUCAUGUCUUAUAAGGUGCUCUUGUAGGUGCUUAAGGAUGUGUUUUUCUAAGGAUUUUGAGAGAGUAGAUAAGAUUGGGCAAUAGCUUGUAGAGUCACCUGGCUCACCUGAUUUGUGUACAGGGAUAACUUUUGCUUGCUUAAGGUGUGUUGGAAAGUGGAAUUUAUCAAUACAGUGGUUGUACAGGUAGGCCAGAGUUUCAGCGAUGGCCAGUGCUGAGAGCUUUAGAAUUUUGUUUGUGCAUGCAUGCACAGAGCCAUACAUGUGCUUCAUUCAAGCAAAUGAAAAUAAAUUAGUUACAAGCCCUUCUGGUGGUAAAAAGAAGGGAGAUCAUUUCAUAGGUGGCGAAAGCAUAUGAAGAUUGCUACACUGACUAUUGACUGGUUCAGAUGGAAAAGGUGACAAUUUCAUACAUGAUGCAUACACAUAAAGAAGUGAGGCAAAAGAAGCACUCAUUGUGCAGUUUGGCAAGACAUUUUUAUCACUGUGGUAGACAAAGCUUUAUUCCUAGUAUUGUGAUAUGUGAUAAUCUGUUAUUACUUUUAUCAUUCCAUAAUAGUCUGUUAUUUGUGUGAGUACUGCCAUGCAUUACUCAAAGCAAUGUAUGUACAGAGUGAACUUUAAACAUAUAUGCUGCCCCAUUGACCCACAUAAAUAUCUGUUAUUUUGAACAGAAGAUAGCAAGUCAUCAAGUUCACCUAUAACAUAUUUUUGAAAAGUGUUACUUUUGAUCAUAUUAACUUUUUUCUUUGAAUAUAUUUUUUUUUACACUUUUUAACUGCAUAUUUUAAACUAUUUAUGAUUUUUCCCUUUGUAAUCAGAGAUGUUUACAUUUGUAUAAACAUACCUUUGUAUAUUUUCCUGCAAAUUCCUUGUCCAUGUAGUCCAGAGUUCUGUGUUGGAAUGAUUUUAUGGAAGAAUGCUACCCAUAGUUGUUAUAUUGGGUAUGUAUAUUUGAAGCCAUGCCAAAGCUCAAUUUAUGCACAAGCUAGAUUAAGUAGUGGCUGGAGGAAAAAUAUCAGCAUUAUAUUAAAGUUUUACAUGAUUCUUGUCUUUACAAAUGCAAGACCAGAUAAACAUUUUCUUUGUUGUUUUGUUUCCUUUUUGUGGAAAUUAGGCAAAUCAGAUGUAUUUUCAGUAUUAUCAAACCUGCAUUUAUUUGAGAAUAUGAUUACUAAAUGUUAGGUACAGGCUUUGUGUGGGACAUGAUUAAAUAAUAUAAUCACUAUAGUGUUUAAGGGAAAAGCAAGUGAAAUACCAAGUUGUGUUUAAGGAUAUAUACCAGGGGUGGGAAAACUACAGCUCAUCGGCCCAUCUGCAAAAAUAUGAAGUGCACUUGUUGUUAUAUUUUUAUUCAGCCUAAGUUAAUAUGACUGAAGUACAACAGCAUUAGAAAUAAACAGUCCAUAACAUACUAACACAAAGUACAAAGAUAGCAAAUAACAUGUACGUAUGACUUCGACAUGUCUGAUGUAGAGCAUCGGGGGCGGUGCCUUCAAAAGAAAGGCUGGUUUUUAAUUUUUAUUGUGAGCAAAUUCACCACACAAUAAAUUCGGUAGGCGAACGGCAUUAUGUGCUCAUUUAUUAUCCAUUUCAUUAUCACUAAGUUUGUUGUGUCACCUGACGUGCGUCUUUUGGUAUUUUACCGGCCCUGCUGCACAGCUUAGAAUUUUGAGACCAGCCCGCAAAAAGAAAGCUUUGCCCACCCCUGAUGUAUACCGAUUUUCUGGAUCAUUCCCACUCAUAAUUUUCUUGCAAAAUGAUUGUUAAUUUUUUAUGAUGACAUCUGUAACAUAUAUCUAGGGUGGUAUAAGAUCAAGGCUGCCUUGUUUUGUUUUCAAGUGAGAUCUUCGAACCCAACUUUUAAGUCUCAUAAGUGCGGUCUCAAUGACUGGCAGGGGAUAUACAUGCUGUACAAUUUUGAACGCUGAAUACAGUGAGAAGGAGCUGAACAAAGUGGAGAAGACUGGCAGGAGAGAUCGAGUUACCUUACUGCUAGUCAAAUAUGAUGCAUAACUGUUGUGGUCAGUUUUUCCUCUGUGAUGGUGUACAGAAACAUGGCAGCUGUGGCUUUAGAGGUGUAAAUGCAGUUUACACAAAACAAAAAUUUUUAGUGGAAACAAUUCUGAAUGUCAGCAUCUAUCGCGCCAUCCUAAUUAUUAUUUCACUUGCCUUUUCGUUUAAAGCGUGUGAAUGAUGUUAUAGAUCAGUAGAGGAGUGUGGGAACAUAAUUCGAAUCCAUUUAUUCACACUGUUUUUCAUAACAUCAAUACAAGCGUUGAUACAUU